CGAAAAUAUUGAUAUUGGUGUAAGAGACACGAUCUGGAUCGAUUAGUUUUGCCUGUUGGUACAGAAAUUGUAGGAAACGUUUUGGUUGGACCCGUGUUUGUUCAAUUUCAUUUAGAGCUUCGUGAAUUAAGCGCCUUCGUGUCCGUCAUGCUUCCUCUGAAGGAAAAGGACAAGCCCAUCAUCCAGAAGCUGCUGUCGGCCGGAUGCUGCCCUCGCUGUGUGCUCAGGUUCUGCUGCGUGAGCCUUCAGGCCGCCUACAGGCACCGUCAGCAGAACAUACUAAAAGAACUUGUGGCCUUCAUCAGUGACACAGAAACCCAAGAUUCAGAAGCACCAGAGUCCUCAGGAGAACACAACAAAUCCAACGUUGCAGCAGCACCAGAACCGCCCGAAGACCCACCCAGUAAAAGAGUUAAACUGGAGCAGCCGUGUUCAGAUGCUCCAUUAGAGGAAGUGAAGGAUAAAGAUCCAUGUGUGUGCGUGGUGUGUUUGGGAAUCCUUCAGGACCUGUGUGAUUCUACUCGGGCUGUGAAGAUAGCAGAAGCUGUGAAGGCACAAAACUAUGAGUUUGACUCCUUGGUGCUGUCUGUGUCUCUGCCUGCUCAGCUGUGUGUCCGCGAGCACUCCUGUUGGCUCCACGUAAAGAAGGAAGUGAGGGAGAAGGGCCUAGUGUUUGACAAGGAAGACAUCGUCCAGGUGAAGGAGGCCUUCAAGUGGAUCAUGCAGGGCCAGGUGGCCAAGGAGCUGGGAGGCGUUGCUGUGUUUACCAAGAGUGCGUUUGAGGUCGGGGUGGAGUUCACUCACCCAGAGUCGGAUGCUGACUGUCACUUCCUGGCAUCGGUUUGUCCCGAUUGUUUCAAAGCCAACAAGAACAAACAGUCUGUGUUCACCAGGAUGGCUGUCGUCAAAGCUCUGGAACAAAUAUCUGAUGGCAAAUUUCUAAAACACUACCCUUCUCCUCCCACGCAGCCAAUCAGCUGCUGCAGCCCUCAGGAUGUUCAGUGUCUCCAUGUGUCGGUCUUUGUAGCAGGAAGAUACAACAAGUUCUGCCGCAGUCUGCCUCAGACUCCCUGGGUGAUCGAUGGAGAGCGGAGGAUGGAGUCCUCGGUGGAGGAGCUUAUUGCGGCUCCCGUCCUCUCAGCCUUCAGAGCCGACGGGUUUAAUUUCUCCUCCUCUGGCAGAGAGGACGUGGACGUUCGAACUCUUGGAAAUGGUGAGACCCACGUUGCUGCACAAAGCUCUUUACACAACGAUGGACUGCAUGUUUUUGUGUUUCUAGGUCGUCCGUUUGCGAUGGAAUUGCUGAAUCCUCACAAAUCCAGACUGAACCAAGCAGAGAUGAAGCAGCUGCAGGAGACCAUUAACGAAUCUUCAGAUAAAAUCAGAGUGAGAGACCUUCAGAUUGUUACCAGGGAGGCCAUGAGUCGGAUGAAGGAGGGCGAAGAGGAGAAAACUAAGUCGUACACGGCGCUGGUCUGGACCCAGAAAGCCAUCCAGAAAGACGACAUCGCCUUCAUCGACGACAUCAAGGAUCUGACUCUGGACCAGAAAACUCCUCUGAGGGUUCUGCAUCGCCGGGCACUCGCUGUCCGACAUCGAGUGAUCCACAGCAUGAACGCUUGCUUCCUGGACUCUCACCACUUCCACCUGGGAUUGAAGACACAAGCUGGGACUUACAUUAAGGAGUUUGUCCACGGAGACUUCGGUCGCACCAAACCCAACCUGAGCCAGCUGCUGAAGACGGACACAGACAUCCUGGAACUGGACGUGGAGUCUGUGGACGUGGACUGGCCUCCUGCCAUACCAGAGUAAGCUUUGACCUGGGUCAGGACCGGACCGGUCUUGCUCUGAUCGGAUCGUUCUGACUGAACCGGCUGAGGGGCGUCUGCUUCAGGCCUGGCUCUCUUCUGGUUUUGCAGAGCUGCCUGCAGCCAUUUGAAUUCUGAUUUGAUCAAGGUGAAUAAACACAAACAACGUCCA